UGAGAAACCAUAGACGUGAGAACAUUGUUUCAAUAAAAGAAAAUUAUUUUCGUAAAAUACCGUCGACUUUAAUUAUUAAAUUCAUAUAUAAAAAUAUCGAACGCACAAGUGACUGACGCUGGUUUUGACGUAGCAGUGGUAUAAAAACUAGUGAACUGAAUGUGUCAAGUGAUUGAUAAUUCGCAUCAAAGAAAAUCUCAUUCAAAUGCAAUCUAUCGUCAGUUUUUUUCUCUCGCAAAACAACCAAACAAAAACAAUUACGAAAUUCAGUGAUAUAAUAAUCAAAAUAUUUACGUUCAUUUUUGAAUUAAAUUAUAAGCGAUUGAUAAUGGCAGCAAAAAUGGCCAAUUAAAACGAUUAUUUUAAUCAUGUGAAUGACAUUGAACAAUUAUUCUAUAUUUGAAUUCUUUAAAAAUUUAAAAAAAGAAGAAAUAGAAGAAGAGUGAGAGAGAAGAAGAGUGAGAGAGAAGAAGAAGAAGAAGAAGAAGAAGAAGAAGAAGAUGGAAUUUCAAGAGAAUAUUUUAUUCGUUUUCUUUGUUUCUCAAACCUCAAACUGUAUCUGUGGUCCCUUUUUAGGUAUUCACAUCUUCACUUAAUUUCAAUGCGACAAAUGACUAAGGACUCAAUUUACGAUUCAAUGGCAUUGAUAUAUUCACUUGCAUUCAAUGAACUAGUGGCAGCCACAACUGCACUAUUUGUCACGAACAAUGGCCAAUAUUCUUAGGUGGCAUCAUCAUCGUAAAGGCGCACAUGUCCAUGAAAAAAGUAAAAUGCGGAAAAGCAACAAAAACAAAAAAUAGACCAAAAGAACAUGCAAAGCAACAUUUUUGAGAAUUCACCUCUAGAAAACACAAGUCGCAAAGGAAAAGAAGGAGCCAAUGUGUUGGUUGGUUGCUCUUUAUUUUUAAAUUCACAGCACGUUUUUCGCCAUUUACCUAGCGUGUUACAGUUGAUGUCCUUUGGGAAAGUCGUGCUCUAUGUGUCUGCACAAAAUAUAAAUAUCAGUGUAGAAGAAGGAGAGCGAAGCAUACAUAUUUAUUUCUCGUUUACAGCCGGUGUUGAAUUUUGUCGCUGUUAAAGCUGAGCAGCUUGGAUUUUGGUUUGGUGGCAAAAGUGAGAAAAUAAAAUGUGUUGAGUAGGAGUAUAUGAUGAAGAAGAUGCACAGCAAACAGAAAUGAAGUGGUAGUAAAAACCAUGAUAAACGGAAAUUUAUUUCGGGGCAAACAAUUCAUUCGGUCAAUAAAAAUUCAACUGGAAAAAAGUCAAAAAUUGAUGUUAGAGGUAUAUAUGCGGGAUGAAGGUAUAUAGAAAAGAAGAUGAUGCAAGUCGAUGUGUUUGUUGUUAUUGCUCUGUGUCGUUUCUUCUUUCUGUAACAAAAACAUUUUCACUGCUUAACGUUAUGUUUUCGUUCGUUUGUCGGUGGAAAAAGUGAAACGUCAUUUUACCGCAUACCCACACAUCCACAUCCAUUUCGUUUAGCACGUAAAACAAGACAUAUACAUAUAUUGAGCUGCUGAAAUAAUUGGGAUGAACGGUUAAAGUGGCAAUAACUUGAAAUCCCCUAAUAUUAAAUGUGUGAAAUGUUAGGUGUGUGUGUGUAUUGUGCCAUUUCGGACCGGUCUCUCGUCAUUUCACUCACCCGACAAUCACAUACUGUUGAUGUAUUAAUGAUCUCAAUGGUGUUUGGUUGAGUGAUAAACUUGUAGUCUUACCAUUAAUUUUUAAUCCAGUCACUUUCUCGUCUCGCACUUUAGUGAGCGAUGGAUACACCUAUAAUAAAUGCCAUUUUAAAUGAUGUUAACUCGAAACUAUUUUUCUUAUGCUUAGGUAUUCAACGGUGAUUCCGGCUAUUUUGCUUUUCGGUGUUGUGUCUCUCGAUGCGAUCCACAUGCUUUUCUCGGCCCACCAACUAAGCAAAUACACACGGAUGAGUUGUUGUAUACCUAAAGUGAGACAUCGGAAUGCAUUGUACCGUAAUGAUGAGUAUCUUAUUCCGUCUGGAUUAAAAGCUUUUUACGCAAAGCCAAAAAGUGUAUCGCAUUCGAUUCGAAAAUGUCGAACGAGAGAGAGAGAGGGAGAGGGAGAGGGAGAGGGAGAGGGAGAGGGAGAUGGACACAAAGUCAAAAAAGGUUUAACUCUUUCGCCCCAUCUUCGGAAUGGUGUGAAAUAGGUGCAUGUGUGAUCUCUGGUGCGACGUUUGAAUAUGUUUCGUAUCUUUUUUGUUUUCGUUUUUUUUCCUCCUGUAUCGAAACAAUCAUUUACACCCAAACCGUGUUUCGGAACGCACACAGCAACGCAAUAAAACUGAUGAUGUGUUUAAUUUGCACACAAAUCUCAGUAGUGACAUAUUUGAUGUGUAACUAAAUCUCGCGCCCAUUCAAACCACUCAUUCUCAUUUGCUCUCUCAAGCACAGUCAUUGCACACGGAGCAAAUUUACGAGGAGUGGUGUUUGUGUGUGUGUGUGUGUGUGUAUGGAUGUUUUUUUGGGGGGCCGUUUUUGGUUUAUUGACGCUUCACACAUGUAAUGAAUGUAUCUUGUGCCACUUUCUCCACACUCUCGUAGACCUCCGCAUGAGUAUGAUGCAUAAGCUGCCGCUUAAGUUUUACUACACACACUACACUGAUAUGUAUGAAUGAAUGGACAUUGGACAGUAUCAUCUCACCUCAUCGUAUUAAAUAUUGCUGUGUGCACAUAUGCAUAGCAUGGUACACUACGGACAUGGGCCACACCGAAACAGAGAGAAAGAGAGAGAGGGAUGAGAUUUCGUAUGCAACAAUACUAGAGUACACAUCCUGUCGAGAAUGAAAUACUACAUGACUGACCUAUUCAGUGGCCAGUAUGCUUGAAUUGAACGUACUGUGCUAUGCUUUUUACUACUUUCGUUUGGUCGAAGAAUCUGUUGGUCGCCAAAACGAUGAUGUUUAGUUGAAUGUGUUCGGGCAGAAAUUGUCCAUACUUUGUGUACGCUUUAGUGCUAUUAAUCCAUUCAACUGUUUUCUCAUCCCCAGAACGCAUUCCCACUAUCAACGCGCCAAAGAACCGGCUUCGGAGGAAAAGUAAACAAAUCGAAUUCCAAAAAGUUUGAAAAAAAUACCCAAACAACAAUAACAGCCAACACCAUCUUCUAUUGUGUGCAACGGCCUACCGACAUCGUUGUGCGUGCGUGUGUGAGUGUGUGUUUUUUCUGCACCGUUUUCCACAGAUUGUUGUUAGUCGGUCUUACGACUGACCAACGCACAUUCCUUCGCCAAACCAACUGGCCCAACAUAUUGCGAAGCAAAUAAGCGUUAAAUUGUAUCUAACAAUAAAGCUUUUCAUCUUUUGUCAAGUUAAAACAAACAAUGCGAUAGUGUCGAGCAUAGGCUGCUAGUCAGUGAGGUGUAGAUCGAGUUCACUCGAUUUUAAAGCAAAUAAAAUGUUGCGAGCUGUUUGUGUGUAUUCUAUUGUUGGCGUUGUCAUUUUUUACGACUUAUUUAACACACGUUUCGUUGUGCUGAGUGAGAGAUAGAGAUUUUCACUUGGUUUAUGACAUAUUUCUGUGCAGCGUGUGUUUGUUUUAAAAUUGCCUUCUCACGCAUUUCACGAAAGAGGCUUCCGUACACAGUUCUCCUCAUUCUCUCUGUCGUAUGUCGGCACAUUUACUUUGUAGAUUUUCCAAUUUCGCAGCCGAAACGGAAUUAGAUCGUAACCAUCAGCCCAUGGAGCAGAGUGUGUAUGUGUAUGUUUGAGCAUAAGCGAACAGCAGCCACGACAUCGAAUUGAACGUAGACUGCAGCUUAACACUGACAUAUGCUAGACACCAAUGGUCAUGCCUCUUAAAUCCGCUUGUAAAUUUUUAAAGGAAAUAUUAUGAAUUUCUCGCUAAAAACAAUAAUAAAAUCUGUUCAUAUUGUAUUUAUUCGUGAAUAUCGUGUUUCGUUCACACUCUAAUCGCUCUCGCAAUUUUCGAUGGAAGGGUGAAGGCGAUACGACACGAUGCGAAUGCAUUGCAAGGCAACGACCAAAUCGCUCAACUUAAAACUCGAAAACCCACACUUAUGCACACACACACACACUCGCCCGCUUUCACAUUCAAUUCAUUUCCGUUACAUUUCGUUCCGUUCGGAACGUACAGACAAAUAGAUAGAUCGAGAGAAGUACACAUGGAAUGAUGCAAUAAUUCGCACUUGCUCCUUUCGUUAACUACACCGAAAAGAGCUUCUAGUCUCACUCUCUCACUCUCUCUCUCUCUCUCUCUCUCUCUCUCUCUCUCUCUCUCUCUCUCUCUCAUUCUGCUUCGCUUGUAAACUGCUUUAGCUGCAGCUUUGCUCGAUUUCCAGUGGCCGGCUUUCACAAUCAGCUUCGCUUUUUAAUAUUUGACUGACACAUUCAUUCAGAUGACACCGAACAUAAUGUUUAUGCAUGACGACUUUGUGAGAAGGAAACCAUUUGCAAGCGAAUCGUUACAGCCAUUCACAUAACCCUAGGAAGCGAGAGAGCGAGCCGCAGCUCUUCAGCGUCGUACAGCUUUAGCCGCUCUCACUGUGGCCAGCAAGAAAGAAAUGCCGAAACAAAUAAAAUGCACUAAUCUGUAUUUAUCACUGGAUAAAUUUCAUUUGAAAUACGCAGAUAAAUUUUAAAAUGAAAAUAUUUUUGGAUUACAGCUGCAACGGAAUGAUUGUGGCUGUCAUACGUUGCUCGUGUUUUGUGUCAUGAGCGUGUAAAGGAGUGAAGGAGAGAACACGAAGAGAUAGAGUGAGAGUGAGAGUGAGAGAGAGAGAGAGAGAGAGAGAGGCAGAGUGACUAGGAGAAUGGGAACGAACGAGGUUUGUGGGCCAUCAUUCAUAUGAAUCGGUUUUGGGUUUUUGCAGCAAUAUGAACACGCUUUUCAAAAAUGACUUUUCGUUUUCUCGAACAUGUGCACGUUCACCAUUGAAAAUGCAUUGUGUGUACUUCUUCAAUACGUCGGUCAAACUAAAACGAUGUUGCCAAAAACCUUUCGAUGCUGAACAUUUUGGCGCGCGAAUGGAUAUAUAGUUCCGGUGAUGGAAUCGGGAUACUCAGCAUUCAUAAUAUAUGUUAUUUUAUAGUUGUUACAAUUGAGUGGGGUUAGAAGAAGAAGGGAGCCGAAAUGACACCGACGGAUGACGGUAUUUUGUACAUAUUUUUAUAAUCAGGCAUUAUUGUAUAGGUGCUUCAUGACGGCAUAAAAUUCGAAUAAAUUUUAUCAUCCGUGUUAUUGUAAUUUUUGGAUGCAUUCACCUGACACGCAUCGCCGGUGUGAGACGUGAACGUGAUAGCUGUGGCGGUGGCAACGACCUUUAUUUUCGUUGUGGCUUCUACGUCAUUCCUUUUCAGCUUCGCCUUUUUUCCCUUCCCGUUCGCCUGAAAUAUUUCUUUAAAUUUAUCGUUCGAUUAACAUAACAUCAAUAGCCCUAAAUUUGAAAACAUGUUAUUUAUUAAGGAAAUAACGAAACGGGAAAAGAAAAAAACGAAAGGGCAAAAAUACGCCUUUCGGCCGUAUGCACACGUACGAUGUGCCAUUUUGUCUUUUGCCGUCCAAGGUGCGGACGAGGGAGAAUGGGCUAGAAUGAGUUAAGUUUUUGCCAGUGUAGAAUGGCCAUAAUUUUUCGGUAACCGUUAAAAGUGUUGGCAUGUGUGCGGUGUGGGAGUGAAAGAGAGAAGAGAGCACACACACUGAUUUCGUGUGUCUUAUGCUGUUUCGUAUGGCAUUCAAGGGAGAUGCCGUUUGCUGCUUUGCCUGUUUUGUUGUAUGUGCCAUUUGAUUUGUGUGCAUUAGAAGGUUUUUCGCACGUGAAUGAGCCAACCGAUAAUCUAUUUCCAUACGUUUCCCCCGAAAACGUUGUCCUCAUCGUCGUCGUCGUCGUCGUCGUCGUCGUCGUUGGUUUUUUUCCUCCUCAGUUUCGGCUGCUGUUGCUGCCAUUUUAUUAUUAUGUAUAUUCCAUUCUUCUAGAUGAGUAUAAUAUUGUACAUAAAUUUAAAAAGGUUCGUCUUCGUCCACCCCUCGUGUUCGGCUGAUUGAAUUUAUGCCUGUUAAUGUGAUCGGAAAAUAUUCACACCGUAAGCAUUUUACCUUUCCGUUUAUGUAUUGAUGUGUGUGCAAGCCUGAAAAUGCCAAUAAAGCACUUUCAUUGUUAAGAGACCAUUCGCAGCAUAAUCGAAAUUUCUCGGCACAUGCCAUCGAAAGAGAGAGAGAGAGAGAGAGAGAGCACAAGCGAGCAAAAGAGUGUAAUACAUACACGCGUUCAAUGCUCAUACACACAAUCAUGCCUGUGUGUUGGCCUUCGUGUCACAUCCAAUAUUUUAUUUUUUAGCAUUUUUACUUUGGUUUUGCUCGGGAUUAUACCUUUGCUUGAAUGGGAGCAGUUGAGCGCCUUUUAUUGAACCUGAAACGAUAGAGCACAGAAGAAAAAACGAGAAGCGGGAUCCGGUGCACAAAGAGAGCCAGAGUGUAUUUAACACAACGAACUAAUACACAGCACCAUUGCUACCUAUUCUAUUCCAUUCUUCUCGAUCGUCGUCGCCGCUGCCACCAACGUCGUCGUCACUUUUUUUUUCUUCCUCUCGCCAUUCACAGUUGAAUUUCAUUCGAAUUUUCUCUAUUCUCAUCUUUUCUAUUUUGCUUGGCUUGCUAUUGUUCGGCACAGGUUAAGCUUUUCGCCUAUAAUACGUAUUUAGAUUGUGCAUUGUCGCAUAAUAUAUUGCCGCUUUACAAGACACACAGCCGCACACUUACUCUCAAUUUAUAAGUGAUAUCGUCAUCAUAUUUGUGUGUUGAACAAAAGCGAGGAAAAACACACACACACACACACACACACACACAUACCUUUUGGUUAGUCCAACGUUUUUCACGUUGCUAAGCCACUUCGACGGCACCGUAUUAUGCAUUAUUGUUAUUAUUAUAGUAGUUACCUCCUGUUCAGUAUCACCUUAUCAAUUCUAGCGACAAUCAUUCUCAUUUUUUUUUCUCUGUUAGAUCGCUUUCUACUGCUUGGCUGCGCCUAGUGUUUGUCUAUUGGAUGCUGCGUGAUUUUGUGCACGUCACUGAACAUAAUGCCAAGCAGAUUUUUAGUGCCUGGAUGCCGCUACACACAUAACACUCACACAGUGAAAGACUUGUGUAUUUCACAGCCUAUUCACUGCUCUAUUAGACAUUGUGACAUACUGAUUGCUUCCAAAAAAAAGGAAAAAAAAAAUCAUGCCAGUGUGAGUGGGAGAUUAAGUAUUCAAUUUCCAUUUGGUUGUUUUUUUUCGUUGAAAAUACACUUAUCCACUUACUUUCCUUGACACAAUUUUCUUUUUUUAGUGCUGACACCUUCUGCGUUGAGAUUGCACAGAGCACGAAUAAAAUAAUGACAAGACGCUUCAAAUAUAUUUGAUCGAUGAAAAGUUUCUUCAUCGGAAAAUUCCCCAAAACUCAAGUAUCAUUUACCCGAAUGGAAAUUGACGAAAGCGUUUACCGCACAGAUUUAUUUUCCAUUGUUCUCAGUGUCCUUUUUUAAUCGUUUAUGCUAUUGCUUUUAUAUCCACCGACAAUUUUUCCCGAUGGCAACGAACGACCGAACAAAUGAACGACCAUCCUAAUAAAGCAUUCAAGCAAUCAAGUGCCACACAAUACAAUAUGAAAAUUUGGCAAUUUCCGUCGACAUAUUGCCAUCGUUGUUACUGCUCCUGUUGUUGAUGAUGUGGAUAGUGCUAGUGCUGCUGUUGUUGUUGUGACCAUCGCCUCUCUUUUUUUUAUCAUUAAAACAUAAAAUUGAACAAAAGGACGACAAUUAAUUUCAUGACGGAACUAUGCAUUUAUUAAAUUAAGUUAUCUUAAAUCAACGUGAUAAUAGUGUGGAACCACGUUGAAAGCACACACACACAUACACAGCAUUCAGAAAAGCCAGAGAGGUAGCCACAACGCACACAAUUGUGCAAAUUGAAUCUACCGUUGCGACCCAUUGGACGUACAAGUACACAUGCAUCCACCAUUCGGGGGUUCGUCUGUGUCAGCUCGCACUGUGUUUGUGUGUGUGUAUGUCGACGGCGCCCGGUCAACUUGAGUGCUCUGUAUAGAUAUAUAAACCAGAGUAUGUACACUUACGUGUGUGUGUGUGUGUAUUAUGAGGUAAUUUUUAAGUACUGUGCUGUCAGCAAUCGCCACUACUUGCCGUGAAUAUCUUUCUCUCAGCACACUCUCAAUGCUUGGCUUGUAUGUCUUCCACCCUCGCCCAUUGGCCGCCUUUGCGUCGUCUGCAUCGUUGGCAUUCGAAGCACAAGUUAUAUUUGGUGUGAACAUAAUGAGCAGAUACUAUAUUUGUUUGGUGAAAUUCAUUUAUUCGCUUUUUUCCCAACGGUAUUUUCGUGCAAUUUCUUUGUGCCCAAGCGCCGCAUGUAAGUGUGAGCUCGACUCUCAUUCAAGUCAAAUCCACAUUCGAACCGGGAAGUGGAAAACUCAGGCAAACAAAAACACACACCCACACAAACACUCAUCCUUGCAAGAUAAAAAUUAGUCGUAAAAGAUUCGAAAACCUUUUCGUAUCUGUUCUUUUAUAAUGCUAUUCUCUGUCGCCUCUACCUCGAUGGAUCGAACCUAGAUGAACUCGGCUUCAACUCCCUGGUUUUACGUGAUGCUGCUGCUGCUGAUGCAAAUGCUCCCAUGUCCUCAGUAGCACAUCACACACUCACACUCAAUUAAAUGUAUAUAUGCAUGUGGCAUGGAAAACCCGAAUUGUCAUUAUAAUUUUCGACCUUUUGCACCACACCGUCGUCAUUUUUGCUUAAUUGCAUCGGGAAUACGUUGACCGCUUGUGUCUUUGUCAGUGCCAUUCGUGUGCUGUACGUACGGAUAUUGUACGAGCGAAGGAAAAUAACUGGUGCAAAACAAUGUAUCCAGAGAAAUAGCUGUGUGCGCUUACAGCAAUGGUUAUUGCAGAAUCUUCUUGAUUAUUUUCGCUAAAACAAUUUACUCUCCAGAAAUUUAUACCGACAUAAAUCUACACGUUUUACUGUUAGUAUAUAUAUAUAUAUGUGUGUCUUUCAUAUAUGUUUCACUCCGUAUGGUCGGCGCAUUAAAAACCGAAAGAAAAACCAUUCGCUGGGCAUUGUACAUCAUUCACAUCGACUUUUGUUUCAAGCACAUUAUGAGAACUUGCCUUUUGUUUUCAAUCGACAUUAGACUCCUUAGUACAUGCCAUUGUGUAUAGGUAUUUUUGUUUAUACGGUCGAUGUUUGGUCCAUGCACAUUUGAUGCAAACAAAUAUGUUUAUUGUUUUUCGUCGACACAUUUUUGAUUUCAUGGUGCAUUUUGGGUACAACGUUCAGUAAUAAUUUGUUGAACAUUCCAUAUUUUUGUAUUAAACGAAAAAUGCCAUACUAACCUUAAGUCCACAUGCAAUAUUUAGAACAUAUAUUUCAAUUAAUUCUAACGAUUCAAACCGAAGUAGUAGUGUUUCACAGGGAUAACAUCCACACGCACUCACAUUCAAAACAAGAGAUGUCAACAACGAUCUCAUUUCGCUAUGCUGUGUAAACACUGUUAUGGUUUGAAUAAACAAAUUCCGUUAUGCUUGAUUUUUCGUAUUGCAAGUGACAUCAUCACAUUGAUCACUUCAUUUGUUAGUGUGUGCGUUGGCUUCAUGCGAUGAUAUCUUAUUAAGUCGCCAUUUUCAUUUGACAAACUUUAUUCUACGUUUGAACAGCAAAGUAUUGACAUACGCGUUCACAUAUUCAUAACGUGGUUUAUCGUUUAGUUUGGUGAUUUCUGUGAGAAAAGCCUUCAACGCACAGAGAGAAAUAUUCAAAUCAGAAUCAUUUUGAAAACAGUCCGAAACAAUGGAGCCGGCAUUAGUUCCAUAUUUUCGGUACAUUAAUAAUCGGUCGUUUGAUGAAAUUCCAAGUGCUACAGUUCCCAUUCGCACGCUCUAUAUCGCUUCAACCGAGCCAAUCGAGUACGGUGAUAUCUAUGGAUUUUUCAACCAAUUUGAUGAAAUUGAAUUUGUUUAUUGGCAUGAGCUAAACCAGGCGCAACAUGGUUUCGUGCAAUUCAGAACAAGUAAUGGUGCCGAAGCUGCCUUACAACAUCCAGAAUAUCGUUUUAGAACCAUUGUAUUGAGGGUGAUGGCAGGCAAACCAUGGCAUCAACCAGAUUUCCCUCCCGAGCUCAAGUCGAAUUUGACUAAUUGCGCAGAUUACAUGCAGAACACCCGCAACCAUUGCAGUGUUCCCAUUCGCACACUAUUCAUUGCAUCAGAUGAACCGAUCACUAUUCCACAAUUUCGCGAUCAUUUCGAGCAAUUUGGUGGUGUUGAAUGUUUCCGUUGGCAUUCAAUAAACAGCUUUAAUUAUGGUUUUGUGCAAUUCAUCGAUGCCGAAAGUGCUAAAAAUGCUUUGUUGCAGCCGGUACAACUGUGUGGAAAUGCAAUACUAACUGUCGCCGAAGCCCACGAGCACUUUAAACCAGGAUCAACAAACAUCAAUAUGCUGAACGAUGACUGUUUAAAACACGUGUUUGGUCACCUUAACAUCACAAAUCUAGCCAUUGCCAUCGAUGUCUGCACUCGUUUCCAGCAACAAGUUCAAGAAACAUUUUCAUUGGUUGAAUCAGUCAGUGUUCACAAUCAAUCAAUCGUUAAUUUGGUGACAAGAUAUUGUGUCGCAACUCGCCUCAAAGACCUCGUGCUCAAUAAUAUUACAUUCAAUAAAGAAUUGAUGCAGAGCCUACAACCGUUAUUGAAAAAAUUGAAGAAACUUCACCUGACCGACUGUGAAUUUGGUGAUGGCACCGCAGAUACAUUACCUACAACUAUGGAGCUGAACGAUCUACGCAUAUUCGACAGCUUUGGUAAGAAUAGAGCGGAAAUCACAGAUAGUCUGCUGAAACUAAACACACAUUUAAGGAAGGUUGCACUCCGAAACUGUGGUGAUGAAAGCCCAAUACAUGAAAAUAGUGAACACUUGAUUGAACUUGAAUCGAAUAUACGAUACUACCUCUCCAUAGGAAAAUUAAGUUCGUUGAAAGUUUUGAUACUUGAUUUAUUCAGCAUGUCUCUCUUGCGUUUCCUGCAAAAAACGGUUCAAAAUAGUUCAUCGGUACAACACUUAGAAUUGAUCUAUGUAGAUUUCAGAAAUGAUGAUAAUUUUAUUGGUCCUCCGAUGAGGCAACUCAAAGUGUUAAAACUUACCACCCCACAAGGUUUUGACCAACAUCAUUUGCUAUUUUUGCCAACUGUUUUUCCAGCACUACAUAAGUUGUGCGUAGAUUAUUUUGCAAUGCCCCUUUUAACAUCGUAUACAUUAAGAGAACUACUGUCGCAGGCAAACCAGUUGUCGAUUUUGGAAUUAUUUUGUAGUGAAAACAUUGAAAUUUUCAUUACAAAUGACGGUUACGAUGAAAUGCUAAGCGUUGUUCGAAACCGAAAUGGAAACAACAGUGUUUUGAUUGAUAUCAAGUGUCGUCAAUGUCAUGGCUAUUAUCCAAAGGAAGGAUCGAUCAAGAAUCCACAUUAUUUGAAUAUCAAAGUAAACGAAAACUAUUAAUUCUCAACAGACAAUAUUUUUUUUUUGAUAAUCCAAUCGACCCAUAAUUUUCUGGUGAAAUUUCGCAUAAAAUCUGAAUAAAAUAAUAAUAACCAACGUGUACAAAAAAUGUAUAUGCAUUUGGGUUGAGAUAAAAUGAAUAAUUUUCUAUAUACAAUUUAACCAACUUCAAAAAUCUUUUCAAUUUAUUGUUAAACGAUAUAAAAAUAUUUUAAAUGUUAUAGUAUCUUAAAUCUAUAUUCGAAGACCUUAGAAUAAAUGAUCUGGAAUAAACUUAAUGAUUACCUCUUUAAUACAUUCAUAAAAUCGCUGAAUAAAAUUACAUUAUGUGAAACAUAAUUUUCAAUU